AUGCGAUUUCAGUAUCUGUUUCUCACCUUGGGUGCCACCCUUUCGGCAGCUGCCCAAGACCGGGGCCAGUGCUAUUCCAUCGGCCAGAUGUACCCGUCAACCGAUCGAGUCUCCGGAAGAUCUGAAUGUUGCCCGGAUGGCACCGAAUACAACGGCAACAUAUGUGAAGCUUUACCUACUUGUUUCAACCCAGACGAGUACUUUGAUACCGUAGACCGUGUAUGUCGCGCCAAGAAAGACUGCGGUGAUGGCAAUUACUUUUACAUAAGGGAAAGAAAGUGCAAGCCAAUUCCGCCUUGUCUUGACGAUGAGUUCUUCGAUGGUCAAUACUGUGUGCGAAAGCCACAGUGCCAGGACGGCUACUACUUCGAGAAAACCGGAUGUGUGCCGAAGCCACGCUGCGAAGACGAUGAGUGGUUCGAUGGCCGUAACUGUGUCGAGAAGCCACAAGACUGUGGUGCAGGCAAACAUUGGGACUUCAAAGCCAACCAAUGUGUACCAAACCCCCCCUGUGACGCUGACAGCUACUGGACUGGCACUGGGUGUGCAAAAAGACCCAGGUGUCGCAAUCCUCACCACUUUUUCGACGGCGUUGACUGCGUGCCUUGCCCAAAUCCUGACGAGUAUUGGAAUGGCAAUGCUUGUGUGUCGCGGCCAGUUUGUGCCGAGGAUGAAUAUUACGAUGGAAACAAUUGCAAGAAGAUCCCCAAAUGUGGACAGGGUCAGUACUGGAACAGGAAAAAAAACAUCUGUGAUCAAGUCCAACAUUGCUCACUCGGUGAAUGGUUCAAUGGCGAAAGCUGUGAAGCGAUCAGUUACCCUCCCUACGGUGGUCGUCUCUGCCUGAUAUCCUGCGACAAGCUGCGGAGUGGUACACCAUAA